CAUGUAGAAAUGCUGAGAGUGGUGGAGAGGGGCUGAGGAAUUCAUCAUCUGUAUAGGAGGAGGAGGAGGGGGGGGCUGAGUGCCUGGAGGACAGUGAUCUCAUAUAUGGAGAAAAGAAGGGAGGAAGCCACAACAACAGCAUAGGGACCCUGCAUGAGUGCACCAGGAAAGCAGCACUACCCAAGCAACAGGAGCAGAUACUAAGGGGCCAACCACCGCUGGUACCUCGCCAACCGUCAUGGAGGAUGACACAGAGAAGAGCCCCCCAGAUGGAGCAUAUGGUGAACCAAAGAAGUAUGACCCAUCUUUCAAAGGCCCAAUACACAACAGAGGCUGUACGGACGUCAUCUGCUGUAUUCUCCUAGUACUCGCCAUUAUUGCCUAUGUGGCUGUGGGAAUUGUCGCCUGGACCUAUGGAGACCCGAGGAAGGUUAUAUACCCCACUGACAGCAAGGGGCAGUUUUGCGGUCAAGUUGGAACCCCUAAUGAAAAAAAGCCAUUCUUGUUCUACUUCAACAUCAUGAAGUGUGCCAGCCCCCUGAUCCUCCUGGAGUUCCAGUGUCCAACGCCGCAGAUCUGUGUGGAGAAAUGUCCGGACCGUUUUCUCACGUACCUCACUGUUGCAACAACCCAGCAAAACUUUGACUACUACAAGAAUUUCUGCAGAUAUGGCUUCAACGACUUCUCCAAGAGCCCAGUGGAGGUGCUGAGAGAUCAAGAUUGUCCGGCCAUGAUCACUCCAAGCAAACCAUUCACCAGGAGGUGCUUCCCAGCUAUUAAUAUUAAGAAAGGAGUGAUUACUGUUGGCAAUGAAACAACAUUUGAUGAUGGAAAAGGUGACAAACGACGCAAUGUGUCUGACCUGGUGGAAGGAGCCAAGAAGGCCAACGUGGUGCUGGAGGCCCGGCAGGUGGCUAUGAAGAUCUUUGAGGAUUACACUGUGUCCUGGUACUGGAUAAUCAUAGGUCUUAUCAUUGCCAUGUUGAUCAGUUUAUUAUUUGUGGUCUUGCUGAGGUUUCUGGCUGGGAUUAUGGUGUGGGUGAUGAUUGUCUUGGUGAUUGCAGUCAUGGGAUAUGGAAUAUUCCACUGCUACAUGGAGUAUGCUCGGUUGAAGGAUGCAUCUGGAUCGGAUGUGAGCCUAAAGGACAUUGGGUUUCAGACUGAUUUCCGGGUCUACCUACACCUGAGGCAGACAUGGCUGGCAUUCAUGAUUAUUCUAUGCAUCAUGGAGGUGGUUAUUAUUCUGAUCCUCAUCUUUCUCAGGAAAAGGAUUAUGAUUGCCAUUGCACUCAUUAAAGAAGCCAGCAGGGCGGUCGGUCAUGUGAUGUGUUCCCUGCUUUUCCCUCUUGUCACCUUCCUGCUGGUGUGUCUCUGCAUCGCCUAUUGGGCCAUCACUGCAGUCUUCCUCUCCACAUCUAAUGAGGCCGUAUACAAGAUUUUUAAUGAAACUGUGUGUGAUUAUUCUAGCAAAAGAUGUGACCCAGAGACCUUCAACUCCACCAAUGUUACCCGCUUGUGCCCAAAUGCUAGAUGCCAGUUUGCCUUCUAUGGAGGAGAAACCUAUUACCACAAGUACCUGAUCGUUUUCCAGAUUUACAACGCCUUUAUGUUUCUCUGGUUGGCCAACUUUGUCAUCGCUCUAGGUCAAGUGACUCUAGCUGGGGCAUUCGCUUCCUACUACUGGGCCUUCAAAAAGCCAGAUGACAUGCCAGCAUUUCCUAUUUUCUCUUCCUUGGGCAGAGCUCUCAGGUAUCACACUGGGUCACUGGCGUUUGGUUCUCUUAUAUUGGCCAUUGUGCAGCUCAUCAGGAUCAUGCUGGAGUAUCUUGACCACAAGCUAAAAGGGGCAGAAAAUAAAUGUGCUCGCUUCCUCCUGUGUUGCCUGAAGUGCUGUUUCUGGUGUCUGGAGAAGUUCAUAAAGUUCUUGAACAGGAAUGCCUACAUCAUGAUAGCCAUAUACGGAACCAACUUCUGCACCUCUGCGAAGAAUGCCUUCUUCCUACUAAUGAGAAACAUCAUCCGUGUUGCCGUCCUUGAUAAAGUUACAGACUUCCUUCUGUUCCUGGGAAAGUUGCUGGUAGUUGGCUGUGUCGGGAUCCUUGCCUUCUUUUUCUUCACUCACAGAAUCCGGAUUGUGCAAGACACGGCUCCCGCUCUUAAUUACUACUGGGUGCCUAUCUUGACAGUGAUUGUUGGCUCUUAUCUGAUCGCGCAUGGUUUCUUCAGUGUGUAUGGCAUGUGCGUGGACACGCUGUUCUUGUGUUUCUUGGAAGAUCUGGAGCGUAACGACGGCUCGACCGACCGACCCUUUUUCAUGUCGCCCAACCUGCAGAAACUAUUGAAUAAGAAGAACAAAGGCCAGACCGACAAAUGACCUUCAACAUUCAAUCCCUUUUUUUGUAAUGCCCAUCUGACAAUCCCGGAAUUCAAAGCCAGAUAUGUACUGUACUCUUUAGGCC